AUGCCGCAAAAUUGUUGUGUUCCAAACUGUACCAAAAAGAAUUACAGAACCGAAAACGGGGAGAAAAUUUCUUACUUGAAGUUUCCAGACGACGUUAUCGUCAAAAAACGUUGGCUCCAUGCCAUUCGUCGAGACGAAGGAAAAGCGUUUAGAGUCAACCAAAACACAAAGAUCUGUUCUCGUCAUUUUGAGCCCGAGGACUUGGUUAAAGCUAUUGGAGGUCAACGUGUUUAUGUAAAGGCAGGGGUAAUUCCAUCUCGAUUUUCGUGGUCCAAAGGUUCUCCGAAAAAGCGAGCACCUCCUAAAUGUCGCAAUCUUUCGUCUACAACAGAGUGUUCAAACAAGGAGUUGCAAUCAUCUCAAAGUCAAACAACUGCAGAUGCAGCUGAAGCAUCUUCUGAAACCUGUACUUUAUCAGCAGCUUUUAGUUAUCAUGAUGUGGAAAACAGCUUAAGUUCGUGUGAAGAUCAAACAGAAGAAGUUAAAAAACUUGAAGGAAUUCGAGGUUUUGAACUUGAAAAUGCGAAGUUAAAGGCUGAAAUAGAGGUAUUAAUACGCCAGAGGAGCCUUAAAGAUUCCCGCCUUUUUCAGAUACGCAAUUUUACUACCAACGAGGACAUUGCCUUUUAUACGGGAUUUCCUGAUUUAGCAACAUUUAAUGUUGUGUUUGAAUUUUUAAAUACUAGAUCGAAAGGGGAAAACAUUAGGUACUGUUCAUCAAAAGAAAGAACUGUCCAAAAGGAGUUUUACGUUAGUGGAAAAUAUGGAACCAGAGGGAUGUACUAGCAUAGGUAGAUGAAGAAUCUUAGAACCCAGAGAGGAGUUCUUCCUUGUUCUUUGCAGACUGAGAAGGGGAUUUGCAGAAAAACAUCUAGCUCACUUGUUUGGUAUUUCGCAGUCGACAGUAAGCAGAACAUUCCUUUCUUGGAUAAAUUACAUGUAUUUAAAAUUUGGUCAAGUAUCUAUAUGGCCUAAUAGGGAGGUUAUAAGAGCUACAAUGCCUGACAGCUUUAAAGAGAAAUACUCUUGCACCCGUGUAAUAAUCGAUUGUACAGAAAUUAGAUGCCAAAUGCCUUCCAGCCUUCUGCUGAAUUCCAAAUUGUUCAGCUCCUAUAAGAACCAUGUAACUCUAAAAGGCUUAGUUGGAAUUGCUCCCAGUGGAGCUAUAACUUUUAUCAGUCAGCUAUAUAGUGGAAGCAUUUCCGAUCGCGAAAUUGUUGAACGAAGUGGUUUCCUGAAGUUAGAAUUUGACAAUGGUGACAUCGUGAUGGCCAAUAAAGGUUUUACAAUUGAAGACCUACUCCCACUAGGUGUAACCCUAAACAUUCCCCCCUUUUUAGGGUCUAAUAGCCAAAUGACAGCAGAAGAUGUUAUCAAGACUCAAGAAAUUGCUUCUGUUAGAGUACACGUUGAACGGGCCAUCAAUAAAAUCAAGAAUUUUCACUUAUGGGAUAGUGUUGUACCCCUCAGUUUGUUUGGGGUAGUAAACCAAAUGUGGAGUGUCUGUGCCUUUUUAUGUAACAUUCAGGACCCUCUUAUUUCCACUUAA